AUGGCCAAGGAGUCAAUUGUGGCCUCCGCCUCGGCGGAGAACCGGGCGCUGAAGCGACGAGUCCGGCAAAGACUUCACAAGAGACUUGGAGCGAUGCUGCCACCUGAGGAGUUUGAACAGGCCACCCAACGCUUCCGCGACAUGGAAAUGGCCACCAAAGGUGGGCCCUGGCAGCGAGAAGUUCACGGUGAAUCCCGGUGA